AGGGCUGGUGCAACAAUUUUUGGCUACACAGGCAAACAUGCAUUUUGCCGCCCACCCUCCCAGAAAAAGGUAUGUAAGCUGUGUGCCUGGUAAACCCCUCUUUUGAAUUCCUUACCCCCUUUAGUGUUUAAUAUUCCCUCUUGAAUGCCUUACCCCUUUUGCUCCUUUGUGUGUGUGUUACACCCCCUUUAGUGUAUUAUAUCAUCCUCUUUAGUGUGUCCCACCAGCCCCUUUCUGUGUCACUUUGCUUUACUGAGGGGGAUAGAGCAGAAUUGUGUGGGAUACAGACUUUUUUAUUAAUAUUUAUAUAGCUCCAACAAAUUCUGUAGCACUGUACAAUAGGGCUUUAGUUGGGGAGGAUAGGGGCAGUAUUGUGUGGGACAGGGGGCUUAGCGGGGGGGAUAGGGGUAGUUUUGGGGAAUAGAGGCAGUAUUAUGGGUGAUAGCAGCUUUAGAGUGGGCUAAUAGGGGCAGUGUUGUGGGGGAUUGGGGCUUUAUUCUGAUGGGCACAGGCUGUAUUGUGGCUGAUUGAUUCUUUAGUGUGGUAGGAUAGGGGCAGUAUUUCAGGGGAUUGGGGCAUUAUUAAGGAGAUGGGAACAAUAUUGUGGAGGAUUGGGGUUUAGUUGGGGGGCAGAGUACAGUAAUGUGUGAGACUGGGGCUGUGGUGGGGGUGGAUAUGAUCAGUAUUGUGGGGGACUGGCGCUAUGGUGGGGGAUAGGAACAGUAUUGGGGCAGGGGCAAUAUUGUGUGGUGGUUUUAGGGGGCAGGGGCAGUAUUGUGUGGUGGUUUUAGGGGGCAGGGGCAGUAUUGUGUGGAGUAUUGAUGAGGUUAGGGGAACAUUGUGAGGGGGGAUAGGGACAACUUUGGGUGGGCAGGGGCAGUAUUGUGGGUGGUUAGGGCAGCAUUGUGUGGGGGUUAGGGACAGUGUUGGGGGCAUAGGCAGUAUGGUGGGGGUUAAGGACAGUAUUGGGGGUUAGGGGCAGUAUUGUGGGGGGAUAGGGACAAUAUUAUGAGGCAGGGGCAGUGUUGUGGGGGGAUAGAGAUAGUAUUAUGAUGCAGGGGCAGUGUUGUGGAGGGAUAGGGAGAGCAUUUGGGGCAUCUGGGGCUGUAUUGUUGGGGGAUAGAGACUAUAUUAAUGGCAGGGGCAGUAUUGUGGGGGAUAUGGAUAGUAUUGGGGGCAGAGGCAAUAUUUUGGAUGGUUAGGGAGCAUUGUGAGGGAGAAAGGGAUAAUAUUGAGGUGCAGGGGUCUGUAUUGUGGGGGGAUAGGGAAAAUAUUAUGGGGUAGGGGCAGUAUUGUGGGGGAUACGGACUGUAUUAUGGGGCAUGGGGCAGUAUUGUGGGGGGAUAGGGGCAGUAACAUGGGACAGGGGUAUUAUUUUGGAUAGUUAGGGAGCAUUGUGGUGGAGAAAGGGACAGGUUUUUUGGGGGGUGAGUGGGGCUUAGAAAAAAUACACUCCACCCAGUCUCCCUACCUUCUGGAGAACUGUGGGGGAUCCUGGGGUCCAGUGGACUGGCGCUGUGCUUUUGUGAGGGAGCUCUGCUCUACAUCCACUCUCUUCCUGUAUAACUCCCUCAUGUGCCUGACGUCACAUUCCAGCUCCCAGGCACCACUGUGGGGCACGCAAGGGCGCUAUAUAGGAAGAGAGCAGAUGUAGAGCGGAGCUCCCUUGCUUGCCCCCCUGCUCUGGUGCUUACCACGCCAGUGGUGUAUUUUGGAUUUGUGCUGCCCUAGGCACAACUUAAUAUCGGGCACCCCCAAAAUCUAAAUUUUCCCCCCCCAAUUCGUGUCAAGGCCAUUUUUUUUGACUGACAGACACAUAUCCUCAUUGAUACAUGCACUGAUAUACACUCACUGACAGAUACACAGUCAUUGGCACACAUAUACAGUCAUUGGCACACACACCCUCACCGACAGACACAGACCGACACACACCCACAGGCAACACCCAUUCCUCACCUUCACCCUCACCCACCACAGUAAGGCGGACAAGUCCCAGAACAUGAGGCAAACAAGGCAUCUGUCCGGGAGCUCAGUGGCCUUUAGCAGUCCCCGAGUGCCGCCCCAGGGCAAACUGUCUGGCCCUAGGUAAACACAUCCCCAAGAGGCAGCCCUAAGCACAAAGACUCAACAACCAGUGGUGCGCAUCCCUCAUCUUGUGCCGCCCCAGGCAGGACAAAAUCCAGGUGCCCCGUCCCACCAACUCCACCCAACCCAUCCCAACCUCCAAACACACACACAGUCAGAUCACAAACACACACACACACACAAAUCAGACACACACACAAACACAGUCAGACACACACACAGCCCAGACACACAGUCAGACACAAACACACAAACACAAACACAAAUCACACACACAGUCAGACACACACACAGUCAGACACAAACACGACAAACACAAACACACACACAACACAAACACACACAAAACACACAAACACACAAACAGACACACACACAUCAGACACAAACACACACACACAGUCAGACACACACAGACACAAACACACACACAGUCAGGCACAAACACACACACUCACAAACACAGUCAGACACAAACACACACACAGUCAGACACAAACACACACAGUCAGGCACAAACACACACACACACUCACAAACACAGUCAGACACAAACACACACACAGUCAGACACACACACACAUUAACUUUGUUUUUAAUUUAAAUCCCCCCCCCAACCUCCUUACCUUUGGGAGUGCUGGGGGGGGUCUCUCUCCCUGGUGGUCCGGUGGCUGCAGGUCGGGCGGGCGGCGCUGGCAGGCGGGCGGCCGGCGAGGGAGCACUUCCUAUGAGCUGACUGCUCAGCUCCCUCGCGCGCCGGCUGCAGAGUGAGGCUGGGAGCCGGAAGAUGACGUCAUCUUCCGGCUCCCAGCCUCACUCCUUGGCGCGCGAGGGAGCUGAGCAGUCAGCUCAGGGGAAGAGCUCCCUCGCCGGCCGCCCGCCUGCCAGCUCGGGAUGUCAGUUAGCCGCAAGGCUAACUAGGCAUUUGCCCUGGGCAUUUGGGGGGCGGCGUUUUUUGCCGCCCCCUGAAAAAUGCCGCCCAAGGCAAAUGCCUUGUUUGCCUCGCGGCUAAUACGCCCCUGUACCACGCUACAAGAAAUAACCAGCAGGAGAGGAGUGUUCUAACCAUUCAAUGAAACAAUUUGAUGUCUACGGAAAUAGGUAUCAAUAACCUCAAGAACCUCUGCAAACUGAAGUAUAGACAACACAACUCCUAGCAUGUUAUAUCCUUAAAAAGACAAGAACUGACAAUACAUCCUUGAUGUAUCAUAUUAAAGAAACACUCCAAACACCAUAAUCACUUCAAUGUGAUGUAAUUAAUAUGCUGCCAGGAGUGGCCUGGUGCUCUACCAAGACAUUUGAAAUUAUUUUGGGGUUAUUUCCAUGUGAAGCUUCACUAAUGAAGUGAAGGUGGACAGUGGUUUAUUAGCGCAUUAACUCUUAAUACAUAUAUUAGAACUCCUGGUGUCCAACUUCAUUCUCAUUAGGUAUAAAGUCUUAAAGCAUGGCCUGUAAAGAAAUCAAAGUUCUAUGUGCAACAGGAAAAAAACGAGUUGUCAAUGGCAAGAAAUCUUUUGAAUUUAUCACAAUUUAAUAAAUGUCCUCCAGUCUUAAAAUUCUUUUUCAAAAAUCCAUUAUUUUUGAUGGUGGUUCUUAACCCAUGAGUAGGGACCAAAACUAAACCCUUAUUCGGUCUCAAUGGGUCCAUUUUGUUAGAAGGAGGUACAUCAUGGUUACGUUAUCCAAUUCAAAAUACAUUGUGUUAGACUUAGAUAUUUGUUUCAGUGCAAACUACAAUAUGUCCAAUUUUGGGCUGAUCAGGUGAUUGGUCAAAUUCCCAAACUCAUAGCCGAAAUAUAGCCAAAUCAAGAACUGAAACAUGCAAUUAUGUUAAUUUUGAUUCGGAAUUCCACCAGUGACGCCAAGAAGAAGAGAUGGCUUAUGGAAAAAGAUGAUUAAUAGCUAGGGGAGAGUUACUAAAAGUUGAUUUUAUUAAUGGAUCAAGUGAGAAGUAACCAACAGGAGGAAAUUUAUGUAAUUUAAUAAAUAUAUAAUAUAGCAGCAUAUUUUACUUAUUUUAUUAGAAUUUUAUUGCAAAUUGCUGCAGGUAUAUUAUGUUAUUUACAAGGAGGCAGGGUAAAUUCUUAAAUUGUACUCUAUGUAAUGAUAAGUGAAUGCUGUAUAUUGCUGAACUGCCCCUUUAAAGUUUACCACUUUGGCUUUAGAUAAGAUCACAGUAAGAGCAAUGUACACAUUAUGUCCUAAACAGACACAUUUAGCAGAGGCAAUAACAACACGCAAUGAUGAAAAUAAUACGUACACAAUGCAUGUCUCAAACCAAGAGGAAGGAAGCAGAGGUGUUGAUUAUCUUCAACAUAGUUAUGAAUAAUAGCCAACAGCUCAGUUUGCAGGGUUCUACACUGAUAUACAAAUAUUUAGCAAAUAGAAUAAUACCAAUGCAAUAGAGAGUGUUCAUUCACUUACUUUUGUGACCCUUUUGCUUGCAAUCUCCAAUCCCCUUUAAAAUCCUGCCAUAAAUACCAUUAAUUUAUAUAAAGAACUAAACAUCUCGCUGUACACUGAGGACAAGUUGCAAUUGUGUCUGCUUUUAGACAGGUUCACCACGGUUCAAGUAGAUUUGACCUUUUCGGUUAUUGCUCUAAUAGCGGUAAGCAGAACAUUUUUGUUUUUAGUUAUUUUACUUUUCUUUCCAUUUCCUGAUUUAUGAAUAUUCAUGGGUAUAUGUCAAUUUUCAUUUGCAUGUUCCCAUGUAAACAGAUGAUAAAUGACUAACGAUUGAAGCGUACAUAAAAAUAGAAUUUUAAUAAAGAGUUAACAUUGUUUCAAUUGAGAUUAAAAAAAUUUUUGGUAACAAUAUUUCAUAUUACAAUUUUUUUAUUUAGAAAUGCAAUAUUUUGGUUAAUUCUCAUUAAAGUGGAGUAGAUAUUUCACACAAUGAAGUAUAGAGAAAAAGCGAGUUAGAAUAUACUUGUAGCAGUCUGACAAAAUUUACGUAAUGACAAACAAAUACCUGUCAGGAAAUCAUAAAUAUAAGAGAUCAUUUAUUACCAAAUUAAAAUAACUCAAUAAUUAAAAGGCUUUCUCCGUUUAUCUCAAGUCUUUUCCUUUGGAUUCUCUAGAAGCCUAAGAUAACAAAAAAGCAUUACUUAUACUUGUAAUAAAUUUCUAGCAUCAAAUUCAAAUUCCUAAAUUAUCAUGAAUUUUAUACAAAGUGGCAAUACUCGAUCUUGGCCACUAGAUGUCCAGGGAAGACAACUAUAGAAAUAUAGUAUAGCAUGCAUCCCUGAACUGAGAACCUCAACCUAUAUUACUAUUCACAAUUUAAUAUACACAUAAGGUAGGAUAGAACAGAAGUCAAUAAAGUUGACAGAGAUAGAGGAAUUCCAACCCUAGCUCCUUAAGACUAGGGGUGGCCUUCAAAAACUAUACUUAGAGAAUCUAGAGUUGCAGACCAAAAUUUGUCAUCUCUAGCAAUUCAGUGACCUAAUGCUUGAGGACCACUAACUGUACAUUAGUUACUAUAAUCAAUAGUCAAUAACUGGCCUAUUUUAAUAUAGUAUCUCCAUCUAAAACUGUCAUAGACUUACUUGCACUGCUCUUGUCCUCUGGCCGCAUGGACCGAACGUUCCUCUUGCAAUAUAUGUUUGUUGUUAAUACCAUGUUCUAGACGAUAAUUUUACAUCUAAAUAAUUAUGGUAUUUUCAUUUUUUGAGGUAAAGCUGUGAUAUUUGUUGUCUUAGAAACCACUGUUCAGGUGAGUUUCUGUACUGAGAGGUACUUUCUCCUAUUUGCUUAUGUGAUACUUUAGAGCAUGGUAUAUUGAAGAGGUAGGUAACAGUACUUUGCUGUCUAUCAUCUCAAUGACCAAUCGGAUCUCAGUUGAGGGCAGGAAGUAUGACUUUCUCUCUCUGUAAAUUCAAGCGUGAAUGUCGGUCUUGAUGCCGGCAUUACCAAAACUUGAAAAAUGGAAGCAUAAGAACUGUGAGGUUACAUAGUUACAUAGCUGAAAAGAGACUUGUGUCCAUCAAGUUCAGCCUUCCUCACAUAUGUUUUUGCUGUUGAUCCAAUUUUGCAACAAUCUAGGAAAAAGUUCCUUCUUGACCCCAAAAUGGCAGUCAGAUAUCUCCUUGGAUCAAGCAGUUAUUACCACACUUAUUAGAAAGUAUAUCCCUGUAUGUUAUGUUUUUGGAAGUAUUUUAUCCAAAACCUGUUUAAACAUCUGUAUGGAUUCUGAUGAAAGCACCUUUUCAGGCAGAGAAUUCCAUAUCCUUAUAGUUCGGACUGUAAAAAAACAUUUUAUUUGCCUUAGAUGAAAUCUCCUUUCUUCCAGCGUAAAUGCAUGACCUCGUGUCCUAUGUAUAGCCCCUUUAAUGAAUAGAUUUCCAGAUAUUGGUUUGUACUGGGCCCGAAUAUAUUUGUAUAAAUUUAUCAUAUCCCCUUUUAUUCGCCAUUUUUUCAAACUAAAGAGAUUUAAACAUUUUAACCUUUCUUCGUAACUAAAAUGUCUAUUCCUUUUAUCAAUUUUGUAACUCAUCUUUGCACUUUUUCUAGUGCCAUGAUAUCCUUCUUUAGAACAGGUGCCCAAAAUUGCACAGCAUAUUCAAGUUGUGGUCUUACCAGUGAUUUAUAAAGAGGCAAAAUUAUAUUUUCAGCCCGAGCAUUUAUGCCCCUAUUUAUACAUGACAAAACCUUACUGGCCUUAGCAACUGCAGAUUGACAUUGCAUAUUGCUGCCUAAUUUGUUGUCUAUAAUAAUUCCCAAAUCCUUCUCAUGUGUGGUUACCCCUAAUUCACUAUCAUUUAGGGUGCUUGUGCAUUCUUGAUCCUGAAGUGCAUGACUUUGCAUUUCUCUACAUUAAAUUUCAUCUGCCAUUUCAGUGCCCAGACCCCUAAUCUAUCUAAAUCCAUCUGCAGCAAAGCAAUAUCCUGCUCACAUUUUAUACAGUUUUGUGUCAUCUGCAAACACUAAAACAUGGCUUUCAAUGCCUAUUUCAAGAUCAUUUAUAAAUCUGUUAAAUAGAAGCGGUCACAAAACAGAACCCUGAGGGACACCACUUACCACUUUUGUCCAGCUUGAAAAUGUACCAUUAAUGACAACUUGUUGUACUCUAUCCUUAAGCCAGUGUUCUACCCAAGAACAAGAAUAUUUAUACCCAAUUUCUUUUAGUUUGAAGACUAACCUAUUGUGAGGAACCGUAUCAAAUGCCUUCGCAAAAUCCAAGUGGAUGACAUCCACUGCAACACCCUGAUCUAUACUUCUACUUACUUCUUUGUAGAAUGCAAUUAGGUUAGUUUGACAUGACCUACGUUUCAUAAAACUAUGCUGAUUAUUGCUAAUAACAAAGUUCUUCCUAAUGAAUUCCAGAAUAUUAUCUCUUAAUAGCCCUUCAAAUAUUUUCCCAGUCACAGAAGUUAAGCUCUAUAAUUUCCAGGCAAUGAUUUCAACCACUUUUUAACUAUAGGAAUGACAUCUGCCUUCCUCUAAUCCUCCGGUACAAUAACUGAAACAAAAGAAUCUUGGAAGAUUAAAUACAGAGGUUCACUUAUUUCCCACUUAGCUCCUUAAGUACUCAUGGGUGAAUACCGUCCCAGAGCUUUAUUUACAUUAAUUUUCUUUAACUGCUGUAGCACCUUGUCUCAAGCCAUCCAAUCACAAGUUAUCUUUGCAGCAAUCAUUUGCCAUAGGAUCCUCAUUAAUAUAUACUGAAGAAAAAUAGUUGUUUAAAAUUUCUACCUUUUCCUGGUCUUCAUUAACUAACAGACCCAUCUCUGUUUCCAGUGUACCUACACUUUCAUUUUUAUUUAUUUUUAUUUUUUUAGAAUUGAUGUACAUGAAAAUUUUUUGGGGGUUGGUUUUGCAUUCUUUGGCUAUCAAUUUCUCAUUUUCUAGUUUAGCCACUUUAAUUGCCAUUUUGCAAGCAUUAUUGGCUUCCUUAAAUCUUAUAUAGGAUGACUCUGAUUUGUCCGAUUUAAAUGCCCUUUUCUUGUUUUUAAUCUCUUGUUUUACUUCUCUACUAAGCCACAGUGGUUUCAAUUUGUUUCUUUUAUAUUUAUUACCCAAUUGUACAUACUGAGAAAUGUACCUUUCUACCUUUUUAGUUGUUUGAGGAGUUUCCAUUUAUCCUCAGUGUUUUUUUUUUUACUAAGGAAUUUAUGCCAGUCAAUAUGUUGUAGAGCUGCCCUCAUCUUUUGAAAUUGGCUUUUUUAGAAUUAUAUGUUUUAGUAUACCCCAUGUGCUUUUACUAUUUUGAGUUUAUUUAGAAAAUGACCAUAUUGUGAUCACUAUUUCCCAAAUACUCCCCUACUUGGAUGUUGGUCAAAAGAUCAACAUUGUUUGUUAUAGCGAGAUCCAGACAAGCAUCCUUUCUAGUUGGUGCUUGUCCCAGUUGUGACAUGAAGGUGUCAUUUAACACAUUCAAAAACCUGAUUCCCCUUGCUGAAGUACUAGUCCCUCUAUCCCAAUUUAUGUCCGGGUAAUUUAAAUCUCUAAUAAUUUACGUGUUACCCAGAUUUGCAGCUUUCCCAAUUUGCUCUAACAGCUGUUCUUCCUCAUUAAUAUUUACAUUAGGUGGUUUAUAACAUAUCCCAAACAAUAAUUGAUUUCCCUUAUUUUGCCCCAAGCAGAUUGUAGCGGAACGCCAAUAAUAAAUCCACGAAUUCCGCUGGUCCAGAAACGAAUCCACAGUCAAGCGCUGAAAACAACAAGGCAAUAUCCCCAACCUCCCAAUAACCGGACGAGACACAGUUUUGGGAGUCAACUGACAAUCCUUUAAUCGGCACGACAAUUUAUACAAGUCCCCAUGCAAGGGGUUUCCUGAGUCCCUCCCCAGGGGCACUCCCAGAGGGGACUACAUGGGGGACUUACAGUACAACAUAUUUCUCCCAUCAGGCACUGCUGCACGAGAGGGAUCAUCCUCCCAGAAUGCACCGUUAAGGGGAUUAUCCCCUCGUGCAGCAGAACCGGCAAUUCACACAAAAAUCUAUAACUUUUAAAAUACACGGUGGAUUUGCACGAAUGGACGUUCGGUAGAUAGCUGGGGUCUGGGCGCAUCAUUCGGGAGAUUGCCGCUCAGAUCCCAGCUAGAAUAACCGAACGCCGCACAAAAGCGAGUUAGAAUAUACUUGUAGCAGUCUGACAAAAUUUACGUAAUGACAAACAAAUACCUGUCAGGAAAUCAUAAAUAUAAGAGAUCAUUUAUUACCAAAUUAAAAUAACUCAAUAAUUAAAAGGCUUUCUCCGUUUAUCUCAAGUCUUUUCCUUUGGAUUCUCUAGAAGCCUAAGAUAACAAAAAAGCAUUACUUAUACUUGUAAUAAAUUUCUAGCAUCAAAUUCAAAUUCCUAAAUUAUCAUGAAUUUUAUACAAAGUGGCAAUACUCGAUCUUGGCCACUAGAUGUCCAGGGAAGACAACUAUAGAAAUAUAGUAUAGCAUGCAUCCCUGAACUGAGAACCUCAACCUAUAUUACUAUUCACAAUUUAAUAUACACAUAAGGUAGGAUAGAACAGAAGUCAAUAAAGUUGACAGAGAUAGAGGAAUUCCAACCCUAGCUCCUUAAGACUAGGGGUGGCCUUCAAAAACUAUACUUAGAGAAUCUAGAGUUGCAGACCAAAAUUUGUCAUCUCUAGCAAUUCAGUGACCUAAUGCUUGAGGACCACUAACUGUACAUUAGUUACUAUAAUCAAUAGUCAAUAACUGGCCUAUUUUAAUAUAGUAUCUCCAUCUAAAACUGUCAUAGACUUACUUGCACUGCUCUUGUCCUCUGGCCGCAUGGACCGAACGUUCCUCUUGCAAUAUAUGUUUGUUGUUAAUACCAUGUUCUAGACGAUAAUUUUACAUCUAAAUAAUUAUGGUAUUUUCAUUUUUUGAGGUAAAGCUGUGAUAUUUGUUGUCUUAGAAACCACUGUUCAGGUGAGUUUCUGUACUGAGAGGUACUUUCUCCUAUUUGCUUAUGUGAUACUUUAGAGCAUGGUAUAUUGAAGAGGUAGGUAACAGUACUUUGCUGUCUAUCAUCUCAAUGACCAAUCGGAUCUCAGUUGAGGGCAGGAAGUAUGACUUUCUCUCUCUGUAAAUUCAAGCGUGAAUGUCGGUCUUGAUGCCGGCAUUACCAAAACUUGAAAAAUGGAAGCAUAAGAACUGUGAGGUUACAUAGUUACAUAGCUGAAAAGAGACUUGUGUCCAUCAAGUUCAGCCUUCCUCACAUAUGUUUUUGCUGUUGAUCCAAUUUUGCAACAAUCUAGGAAAAAGUUCCUUCUUGACCCCAAAAUGGCAGUCAGAUAUCUCCUUGGAUCAAGCAGUUAUUACCACACUUAUUAGAAAGUAUAUCCCUGUAUGUUAUGUUUUUGGAAGUAUUUUAUCCAAAACCUGUUUAAACAUCUGUAUGGAUUCUGAUGAAAGCACCUUUUCAGGCAGAGAAUUCCAUAUCCUUAUAGUUCGGACUGUAAAAAAACAUUUUAUUUGCCUUAGAUGAAAUCUCCUUUCUUCCAGCGUAAAUGCAUGACCUCGUGUCCUAUGUAUAGCCCCUUUAAUGAAUAGAUUUCCAGAUAUUGGUUUGUACUGGGCCCGAAUAUAUUUGUAUAAAUUUAUCAUAUCCCCUUUUAUUCGCCAUUUUUUCAAACUAAAGAGAUUUAAACAUUUUAACCUUUCUUCGUAACUAAAAUGUCUAUUCCUUUUAUCAAUUUUGUAACUCAUCUUUGCACUUUUUCUAGUGCCAUGAUAUCCUUCUUUAGAACAGGUGCCCAAAAUUGCACAGCAUAUUCAAGUUGUGGUCUUACCAGUGAUUUAUAAAGAGGCAAAAUUAUAUUUUCAGCCCGAGCAUUUAUGCCCCUAUUUAUACAUGACAAAACCUUACUGGCCUUAGCAACUGCAGAUUGACAUUGCAUAUUGCUGCCUAAUUUGUUGUCUAUAAUAAUUCCCAAAUCCUUCUCAUGUGUGGUUACCCCUAAUUCACUAUCAUUUAGGGUGCUUGUGCAUUCUUGAUCCUGAAGUGCAUGACUUUGCAUUUCUCUACAUUAAAUUUCAUCUGCCAUUUCAGUGCCCAGACCCCUAAUCUAUCUAAAUCCAUCUGCAGCAAAGCAAUAUCCUGCUCACAUUUUAUACAGUUUUGUGUCAUCUGCAAACACUAAAACAUGGCUUUCAAUGCCUAUUUCAAGAUCAUUUAUAAAUCUGUUAAAUAGAAGCGGUCACAAAACAGAACCCUGAGGGACACCACUUACCACUUUUGUCCAGCUUGAAAAUGUACCAUUAAUGACAACUUGUUGUACUCUAUCCUUAAGCCAGUGUUCUACCCAAGAACAAGAAUAUUUAUACCCAAUUUCUUUUAGUUUGAAGACUAACCUAUUGUGAGGAACCGUAUCAAAUGCCUUCGCAAAAUCCAAGUGGAUGACAUCCACUGCAACACCCUGAUCUAUACUUCUACUUACUUCUUUGUAGAAUGCAAUUAGGUUAGUUUGACAUGACCUACGUUUCAUAAAACUAUGCUGAUUAUUGCUAAUAACAAAGUUCUUCCUAAUGAAUUCCAGAAUAUUAUCUCUUAAUAGCCCUUCAAAUAUUUUCCCAGUCACAGAAGUUAAGCUCUAUAAUUUCCAGGCAAUGAUUUCAACCACUUUUUAACUAUAGGAAUGACAUCUGCCUUCCUCUAAUCCUCCGGUACAAUAACUGAAACAAAAGAAUCUUGGAAGAUUAAAUACAGAGGUUCACUUAUUUCCCACUUAGCUCCUUAAGUACUCAUGGGUGAAUACCGUCCCAGAGCUUUAUUUACAUUAAUUUUCUUUAACUGCUGUAGCACCUUGUCUCAAGCCAUCCAAUCACAAGUUAUCUUUGCAGCAAUCAUUUGCCAUAGGAUCCUCAUUAAUAUAUACUGAAGAAAAAUAGUUGUUUAAAAUUUCUACCUUUUCCUGGUCUUCAUUAACUAACAGACCCAUCUCUGUUUCCAGUGUACCUACACUUUCAUUUUUAUUUAUUUUUAUUUUUUUAGAAUUGAUGUACAUGAAAAUUUUUUGGGGGUUGGUUUUGCAUUCUUUGGCUAUCAAUUUCUCAUUUUCUAGUUUAGCCACUUUAAUUGCCAUUUUGCAAGCAUUAUUGGCUUCCUUAAAUCUUAUAUAGGAUGACUCUGAUUUGUCCGAUUUAAAUGCCCUUUUCUUGUUUUUAAUCUCUUGUUUUACUUCUCUACUAAGCCACAGUGGUUUCAAUUUGUUUCUUUUAUAUUUAUUACCCAAUUGUACAUACUGAGAAAUGUACCUUUCUACCUUUUUAGUUGUUUGAGGAGUUUCCAUUUAUCCUCAGUGUUUUUUUUUUUACUAAGGAAUUUAUGCCAGUCAAUAUGUUGUAGAGCUGCCCUCAUCUUUUGAAAUUGGCUUUUUUAGAAUUAUAUGUUUUAGUAUACCCCAUGUGCUUUUACUAUUUUGAGUUUAUUUAGAAAAUGACCAUAUUGUGAUCACUAUUUCCCAAAUACUCCCCUACUUGGAUGUUGGUCAAAAGAUCAACAUUGUUUGUUAUAGCGAGAUCCAGACAAGCAUCCUUUCUAGUUGGUGCUUGUCCCAGUUGUGACAUGAAGGUGUCAUUUAACACAUUCAAAAACCUGAUUCCCCUUGCUGAAGUACUAGUCCCUCUAUCCCAAUUUAUGUCCGGGUAAUUUAAAUCUCUAAUAAUUUACGUGUUACCCAGAUUUGCAGCUUUCCCAAUUUGCUCUAACAGCUGUUCUUCCUCAUUAAUAUUUACAUUAGGUGGUUUAUAACAUAUCCCAAACAAUAAUUGAUUUCCCUUAUUUUGCCCCAAGCAGAUUGUAGCGGAACGCCAAUAAUAAAUCCACGAAUUCCGCUGGUCCAGAAACGAAUCCACAGUCAAGCGCUGAAAACAACAAGGCAAUAUCCCCAACCUCCCAAUAACCGGACGAGACACAGUUUUGGGAGUCAACUGACAAUCCUUUAAUCGGCACGACAAUUUAUACAAGUCCCCAUGCAAGGGGUUUCCUGAGUCCCUCCCCAGGGGUACUCCCGGAGGGGACUACAUGGGGGACUUACAGUACAACAUAUUUCUCCCAUCAGGCACUGCUGCACGAGAGGGAUCAUCCUCCCAGAAUGCACCGUUAAGGGGAUUAUCCCCUCGUGCAGCAGAACCGGCAAUUCACACAAAAAUCUAUAACUUUUAAAAUACACGGUGGAUUUGCACGAAUGGACGUUCGGUAGAUAGCUGGGGUCUGGGCGCAUCAUUCGGGAGAUUGCCGCUCAGAUCCCAGCUAGAAUAACCGAACGCCGCACAAAAGCGAGUUAGAAUAUACUUGUAGCAGUCUGACAAAAUUUACGUAAUGACAAACAAAUACCUGUCAGGAAAUCAUAAAUAUAAGAGAUCAUUUAUUACCAAAUUAAAAUAACUCAAUAAUUAAAAGGCUUUCUCCGUUUAUCUCAAGUCUUUUCCUUUGGAUUCUCUAGAAGCCUAAGAUAACAAAAAAGCAUUACUUAUACUUGUAAUAAAUUUCUAGCAUCAAAUUCAAAUUCCUAAAUUAUCAUGAAUUUUAUACAAAGUGGCAAUACUCGAUCUUGGCCACUAGAUGUCCAGGGAAGACAACUAUAGAAAUAUAGUAUAGCAUGCAUCCCUGAACUGAGAACCUCAACCUAUAUUACUAUUCACAAUUUAAUAUACACAUAAGGUAGGAUAGAACAGAAGUCAAUAAAGUUGACAGAGAUAGAGGAAUUCCAACCCUAGCUCCUUAAGACUAGGGGUGGCCUUCAAAAACUAUACUUAGAGAAUCUAGAGUUGCAGACCAAAAUUUGUCAUCUCUAGCAAUUCAGUGACCUAAUGCUUGAGGACCACUAACUGUACAUUAGUUACUAUAAUCAAUAGUCAAUAACUGGCCUAUUUUAAUAUAGUAUCUCCAUCUAAAACUGUCAUAGACUUACUUGCACUGCUCUUGUCCUCUGGCCGCAUGGACCGAACGUUCCUCUUGCAAUAUAUGUUUGUUGUUAAUACCAUGUUCUAGACGAUAAUUUUACAUCUAAAUAAUUAUGGUAUUUUCAUUUUUUGAGGUAAAGCUGUGAUAUUUGUUGUCUUAGAAACCACUGUUCAGGUGAGUUUCUGUACUGAGAGGUACUUUCUCCUAUUUGCUUAUGUGAUACUUUAGAGCAUGGUAUAUUGAAGAGGUAGGUAACAGUACUUUGCUGUCUAUCAUCUCAAUGACCAAUCGGAUCUCAGUUGAGGGCAGGAAGUAUGACUUUCUCUCUCUGUAAAUUCAAGCGUGAAUGUCGGUCUUGAUGCCGGCAUUACCAAAACUUGAAAAAUGGAAGCAUAAGAACUGUGAGGUUACAUAGUUACAUAGCUGAAAAGAGACUUGUGUCCAUCAAGUUCAGCCUUCCUCACAUAUGUUUUUGCUGUUGAUCCAAUUUUGCAACAAUCUAGGAAAAAGUUCCUUCUUGACCCCAAAAUGGCAGUCAGAUAUCUCCUUGGAUCAAGCAGUUAUUACCACACUUAUUAGAAAGUAUAUCCCUGUAUGUUAUGUUUUUGGAAGUAUUUUAUCCAAAACCUGUUUAAACAUCUGUAUGGAUUCUGAUGAAAGCACCUUUUCAGGCAGAGAAUUCCAUAUCCUUAUAGUUCGGACUGUAAAAAAACAUUUUAUUUGCCUUAGAUGAAAUCUCCUUUCUUCCAGCGUAAAUGCAUGACCUCGUGUCCUAUGUAUAGCCCCUUUAAUGAAUAGAUUUCCAGAUAUUGGUUUGUACUGGGCCCGAAUAUAUUUGUAUAAAUUUAUCAUAUCCCCUUUUAUUCGCCAUUUUUUCAAACUAAAGAGAUUUAAACAUUUUAACCUUUCUUCGUAACUAAAAUGUCUAUUCCUUUUAUCAAUUUUGUAACUCAUCUUUGCACUUUUUCUAGUGCCAUGAUAUCCUUCUUUAGAACAGGUGCCCAAAAUUGCACAGCAUAUUCAAGUUGUGGUCUUACCAGUGAUUUAUAAAGAGGCAAAAUUAUAUUUUCAGCCCGAGCAUUUAUGCCCCUAUUUAUACAUGACAAAACCUUACUGGCCUUAGCAACUGCAGAUUGACAUUGCAUAUUGCUGCCUAAUUUGUUGUCUAUAAUAAUUCCCAAAUCCUUCUCAUGUGUGGUUACCCCUAAUUCACUAUCAUUUAGGGUGCUUGUGCAUUCUUGAUCCUGAAGUGCAUGACUUUGCAUUUCUCUACAUUAAAUUUCAUCUGCCAUUUCAGUGCCCAGACCCCUAAUCUAUCUAAAUCCAUCUGCAGCAAAGCAAUAUCCUGCUCACAUUUUAUACAGUUUUGUGUCAUCUGCAAACACUAAAACAUGGCUUUCAAUGCCUAUUUCAAGAUCAUUUAUAAAUCUGUUAAAUAGAAGCGGUCACAAAACAGAACCCUGAGGGACACCACUUACCACUUUUGUCCAGCUUGAAAAUGUACCAUUAAUGACAACUUGUUGUACUCUAUCCUUAAGCCAGUGUUCUACCCAAGAACAAGAAUAUUUAUACCCAAUUUCUUUUAGUUUGAAGACUAACCUAUUGUGAGGAACCGUAUCAAAUGCCUUCGCAAAAUCCAAGUGGAUGACAUCCACUGCAACACCCUGAUCUAUACUUCUACUUACUUCUUUGUAGAAUGCAAUUAGGUUAGUUUGACAUGACCUACGUUUCAUAAAACUAUGCUGAUUAUUGCUAAUAACAAAGUUCUUCCUAAUGAAUUCCAGAAUAUUAUCUCUUAAUAGCCCUUCAAAUAUUUUCCCAGUCACAGAAGUUAAGCUCUAUAAUUUCCAGGCAAUGAUUUCAACCACUUUUUAACUAUAGGAAUGACAUCUGCCUUCCUCUAAUCCUCCGGUACAAUAACUGAAACAAAAGAAUCUUGGAAGAUUAAAUACAGAGGUUCACUUAUUUCCCACUUAGCUCCUUAAGUACUCAUGGGUGAAUACCGUCCCAGAGCUUUAUUUACAUUAAUUUUCUUUAACUGCUGUAGCACCUUGUCUCAAGCCAUCCAAUCACAAGUUAUCUUUGCAGCAAUCAUUUGCCAUAGGAUCCUCAUUAAUAUAUACUGAAGAAAAAUAGUUGUUUAAAAUUUCUACCUUUUCCUGGUCUUCAUUAACUAACAGACCCAUCUCUGUUUCCAGUGUACCUACACUUUCAUUUUUAUUUAUUUUUAUUUUUUUAGAAUUGAUGUACAUGAAAAUUUUUUGGGGGUUGGUUUUGCAUUCUUUGGCUAUCAAUUUCUCAUUUUCUAGUUUAGCCACUUUAAUUGCCAUUUUGCAAGCAUUAUUGGCUUCCUUAAAUCUUAUAUAGGAUGACUCUGAUUUGUCCGAUUUAAAUGCCCUUUUCUUGUUUUUAAUCUCUUGUUUUACUUCUCUACUAAGCCACAGUGGUUUCAAUUUGUUUCUUUUAUAUUUAUUACCCAAUUGUACAUACUGAGAAAUGUACCUUUCUACCUUUUUAGUUGUUUGAGGAGUUUCCAUUUAUCCUCAGUGUUUUUUUUUUUACUAAGGAAUUUAUGCCAGUCAAUAUGUUGUAGAGCUGCCCUCAUCUUUUGAAAUUGGCUUUUUUAGAAUUAUAUGUUUUAGUAUACCCCAUGUGCUUUUACUAUUUUGAGUUUAUUUAGAAAAUGACCAUAUUGUGAUCACUAUUUCCCAAAUACUCCCCUACUUGGAUGUUGGUCAAAAGAUCAACAUUGUUUGUUAUAGCGAGAUCCAGACAAGCAUCCUUUCUAGUUGGUGCUUGUCCCAGUUGUGACAUGAAGGUGUCAUUUAACACAUUCAAAAACCUGAUUCCCCUUGCUGAAGUACUAGUCCCUCUAUCCCAAUUUAUGUCCGGGUAAUUUAAAUCUCUAAUAAUUUACGUGUUACCCAGAUUUGCAGCUUUCCCAAUUUGCUCUAACAGCUGUUCUUCCUCAUUAAUAUUUACAUUAGGUGGUUUAUAACAUAUCCCAAACAAUAAUUGAUUUCCCUUAUUUUGCCCCAAGCAGAUUGUAGCGGAACGCCAAUAAUAAAUCCACGAAUUCCGCUGGUCCAGAAACGAAUCCACAGUCAAGCGCUGAAAACAACAAGGCAAUAUCCCCAACCUCCCAAUAACCGGACGAGACACAGUUUUGGGAGUCAACUGACAAUCCUUUAAUCGGCACGACAAUUUAUACAAGUCCCCAUGCAAGGGGUUUCCUGAGUCCCUCCCCAGGGGUACUCCCAGAGGGGACUACAUGGGGGACUUACAGUAUAACAUAUUUCUCCCAUCAGGCACUGCUGCACGAGAGGGAUCAUCCUCCCAGAAUGCACCGUUAAGGGGAUUAUCCCCUCGUGCAGCAGAACCGGCAAUUCACACAAAAAUCUAUAACUUUUAAAAUACACGGUGGAUUUGCACGAAUGGACGUUCGGUAGAUAGCUGGGGUCUGGGCGCAUCAUUCGGGAGAUUGCCGCUCAGAUCCCAGCUAGAAUAACCGAACGCCGCACAGAAAACACAUUUCUUUCAAAACAUACGAAAAGAACCGAUUACUUUUAGUGAACACGGUUCUGAAACUCCCGAACGUCCUGGAGGCUCAGCGGUGUUCGUGCCGUCGAAUAGCUAUUGGUAAUACUAUGCGUUCGACAACACGGACCCGCUGAGGAACAAAGGAUCCAAGAUGGCCGACCGCCGCAUGGUCGGUAGUCGAACGACGGCCACCCAGGAGAGCCUCUAAUUACCGAUUGCAACAAUGUUGCAAUCGGUUAACUAGCGCCACACGCCUCUAAGUGUGUGGGCUAUGAGGGGGUAUCGCGUUCGCUUCACGAACGGCCCUCCAAAGUGCCGUUCGUGAAACGAACGGGAAUCCCCAUACAAACCGCCAUUGGCCUUCGGCUAAACAGUAAUUACAGUCUCUGCAGAAAAUACAUCAAGCACAUACAUAAGAAUAAAGCGCAUAUCUCCCCAGUCCUGUAGGCAACCCUUAAAGGCACAGUCUCUAGUUAUAGUUCAAGUUGCUAGGUUUGCCACAAUGCUCCCCCAGAACCAAGCCGGCAUACACAACCCUUAAAGGCACAGUCUCUAGUUAUAGUUCAAGUUGCUAGGUUUGCCACAAUGCUCCCCCAGAACCAAGCCGGCAUACACAGUCUGAUCCCCACGGAUCGGCUUGGGGAUGUCCGGGGGAGUGCUCACAGAUCACUUCUCAAGGUCUGUUUGUCUGGACAACCCGUUACCGUUUUGUUUCCCUGGGCGGUAGUGGAUCGUAAAGUCAAAGGGCUGCAGCGCCAAACUCCAGCGCAGCAGCCUGGCAUUGUCCCCAGCCACACGGUUUAGCCACACCAACGGGUUGUGAUCUGUGAGCAAAGAAAAGGGUUGCCCAUAGAGAUACGGCUGUAACUUUUUCAGGGCCCACACCACGGCCAGGCAUUCCUUUUCUAUGGCGGCGUAGCUCACUUCUCGGGGUAACAGUUUCCGACUCAAGUAUGCUACGGGGUGUUCUCCGCCAUCGGCUCCGACCUGGCUCAGUACUGCUCCCAAUCCAAACAUUGAGGCGUCUGUGUGAACAAGAAAACGUUUAGUUGGAUCAGGAGCAGCCAGUACAGGGGCAUUGGUCAGAGCCGUCUUCAGCUGGUUGAAUGCCUGUUCACACUCUGGGGCCCAGACGACCUGCCGGGGCAGGUUUUUCUUCGUCAAAUCAGUCAGGGGUUUGGCCAGGGCACUGUAGUUGGGCACAAAUUUUCUGUAAUACCCUGCGGUACCUAGGAAAGCCAGGACUUGGGUUUUGGUCCUAGGGGUAGGCCACUGGGCUACAGCUUCAAUCUUUGCGGGCUCAGGCUUCUGCUGCCCGCUACCAACCCGGUGUCCUAAGUACUGGACCUCUGCCAUCCCUAUGUGGCAUUUGCUGGGUUUCAAGGUAAGCCCUGCCUCUCGGAUCCGAUCUAUUACCGCCCCUAUGUGUUGUAGGGCAGGUCUGACUGUAGAUGGCAAUAUCGUCCAGAUAUGCACACGCAUAGUCCUGGAACCCGUCCAGUAGCCGAUCCACCAUCCGCUGAAAUGUGGCGGGGGCGUUCUUCAUCCCGAAUAGCAUGACUCGAAAUUGGUACAAGCCAAACGGGGUGACAAACGCCGACUUAGGGAUGGCGUCCUCGGCUAGUGGAAUUUGCCAGUAUCCCUUACACAGAUCUAUGGUAGUGAGAUACUGACCCCUGGCCAUCCUAUCAAGCAGUUCGUCUAUCCGAGGCAUCGGGUAGGCGUCCGACACAGUUUUGUCGUUCAACCUCCGGUAGUCCACGCAGAACCGGGUGGUACCAUCUUUCUUGGGCACCAGGACUACCGGCGAUUCCCAGGGGCUGAGUGUUCAAUAACCCCCAACUGCAACAUCUCCUCAAUUUCUUUCCUCAUAUGUUCCCGCACGGAUUCAGGAAUCCGAUAGGGAGUCUGUCGCAUGGGAAGCUGUCCCGGGGUUUCUACUCGGUGGGUGGCUAGUGGAGUGUACCCAGGUAGGUUAGAAAAGGUGGCGCCCUUGGUUGCUAUCAGUUCUUGUACCUGGAUACGCUCUUGAGGACUUAGCCGCUCCCCCAGUUGAACCCCCUGGGAGGGUUCCUUCUGCUCCUCCUGUUCUAACAGAUCUGGAAGGGGCAGGUUCUCCUGAUCUUCGGAGGCGGGCGUGCAAAUAGCUGCCACGUCCUCCGUCCGCUCGUGGUAGGGUUUGAGCAUGUUCACAUGGAGCAUGCGUCUCUUCCCUACUCCGGAGUAUGGGCCGAUCACAUAGGUGGUAUCGCAUCUCUGCUCUACCACCUGGUAUGGGCCCUGCCAGACGGCCUGCAGUUUAUCGGUGCGGACAGGUUUAAGGAUUAGCACCUUCUGUCCCACUUGAAAACUACGGUCUCUGGCCCCUCUGUCAUACCAACGACGCUGUCGUUGCUGGGCGGCCUGGAGGUUGGUGCGCACUGCCUGGGUCAAUUCCUCCAGGCGAUCCCGGAACGCCAGCACGUAUGGUACAAUAGGGGUCCCAUCUGUGCUACUCUCUCCCUCCCAAUGCUCUCUAAUGAGAUCCAACGGCCCCCGGACCCUUCUCCCAAACAGUAGUUCAAAUGGGGAGAAACCCGUGGACUCUUGGGGCACCUCUCUGUAUGCAAACAACAGAUGGGGAAGGAAUCGUUCCCAGUCCUUAUGGGUCUCUCCGAAUGUCCGGAGCAUCUGUUUUAGGGUACCGUUGAAUCUCUCACAUACUCCAUUGGAUUGCGGGUGGUAGGCGGAGUUAAUGAUCGGCUUAAUGCCGCAUAUCUUCCAUAACUGCUGAGUAACCUCAGCCGUGAAUUGGGUCCCCCUAUAGGAGACCAUUUCCUGUGGGAACCCUACUCGGGAGAAUAUCUUCAUCAAGGCUUCGGCUACGGUCUCAGCGUGUAUAUUAGUUAGGGCAAUCGCCUCGGGGUACCGGGUGGCGUAAUCCACCACGGUCAGGAUAUACCGUUUCCCAGAAGGGCUGGGUUUUGGUAGUGGCCCUACUAUAUCCACUGCUACACGGCUGAAUGGUUCCUCAAUUAUAGGUAGGGGACACAGUUUUGCCUUGUGGCGAUCCCCCCUUUUGCCUACCCUCUGGCACACAUCACAGGAGGUACAAUAUUGCCUCACGUCUUUAGAAAUCCCGGGCCAAAAGAAUGCGUGCGUUAGGCGAUACCGGGUCCGGGUCAUCCCUAGAUGGCCGGACAGAGGGAUAUCAUGGGCGAUUCUUAGUAACUCCUGCCUAUACUUCUGGGGCACUACUAGCUGCUUGGUUUGGAGUGUCACAGAGUUGCCUAUUGCCCUUUCCGCCACCUGGUAUAGUAACUUCUUCUCCCACCUGUACUGUUCUCCCUCCCGCCCCACCUGGUCCGUAUCUACCCUAUCUCGGUAUACCUGCAGUGUGGGGUCUGUCUGUACCUCUACUUCAAACGUGGACGGGGUGUCCCAAGUCAUGUCCGUCAAGGGGGGGUCAUGAUUUCUUACCUGAGCCUCAGAGUGUGCGGGGAAUGCCGUGGUGCGAGCCUGUUGCCGGGUGGUUACCGGAUGCGCCUCUUGUGACGGGGCCUGAGGUAGAAAAGCAGAAGUCAUCUGGCCCAAGUCAUUCCCCAAAACAACAUCGGCCGGUAGUUUUUUCAUUAUGGCCACUUCCACAACCCCCUCCCCAGCACCCCAAUUCAAAUGCACCUUGGCCGUGGGUAACCGGUACAUGGCUCCCCCUGCUACCCGGACGGCCACUGAUCCGCCAGUGUGGGCCGUAUCUGGAAUUAAAUGGGGAGCCACUAAGGUCAAGGUGGCUCCCGAGUCCCGCAGCCCCUGCACUUCUUUCCCUCCCACAAACACAACUUGGCGGUGAUGCUGCCGGUUGUCCGUGGCUUGCACAGACAUCACCUCGUAUAGAACCCCCAAUGGUUCCUCGGUUGGUAGACUUGUCAGCUCCGAGUGGUCAGGUUCUGCGUGGUAGAAAUGGGCCACCGCCCUGGGAACGGAAUUCUGCCGUACCUGGUUCCACGCCUGCCUGCUACGAUUCUGGGUGCACUCCCGUGACAUAUGCCCCCACUGCCGGCAGGUAUGGCAUUGUAUGUUGGCCCUGCCAUUGUAGCGGGCUGGCGGUGGGGGGUUUCCUGGUGGUGGCCUGAAUGGGGUAGAGUUGGCGGGUGUGGAGCUGGCUGGGUGAUGUUGUAUUGGCGGUCUUAGGGGACCCCUGUUGGUGAGCCCCUGGUGUCUCCGGGCAUCAAAGUGUUCGUCUGCCAAUCGGGCGGCUGCUGUGAGGGUAAGAGGUUUUCUGUCCCUUACCCACUCCUGUGCCUCUGGUGACAGACCGUUGAAGAAUUGCUCCAGCAAGAUGAGUUGGCGCAGUUCCUCCAUGGUGGUGGCUUGACUUGCCUGAAUCCACCCUUGCGAAGCUUGGUCCAGCUUAUGCGCCCAUUCUGCGUGGGAAUCUCUUUCGGGCUUUUUCAACCCCCGAAAUUUCCGUCGGUAUGCCUCUGGGGUUAUGGCAUAUCUUUCUAGGAUUGCUCUUUUUUACUUUAAAAUAGUCUUUGCUGUCCUCUCUGGGCACAGCGCGGUAAGCCUCUGCUGCUCGUCCCGCCAACUUGCCUGCCAAUAGGGGUACCCACAUUGCCGGUUCCAGAUCGUGCAGGUCGCAUAGCCUCUCGAAAUCCUGCAGAUAUCCGUCUAUCUCAUCCUUCUCCUCGCAGAAUGCUUUAAAUGCCUGGUACGCUAUUUUCUGCUUUGUUGGAGAGCAGAAUGAGUUGACGAUGGAUUCUGCCCUGGAUGGUGACCUCUGGUGUUGCUGUGCCAUAAUGUAGUCCUGGACGUCGGCCAUUAGCACGGUUAAGAUGUCCAGGGUUACUGGCUGUGGUACAAAUUCCAGUCGGGUUCUCAGUUCCCUCUGGUAUGGUGUUUCCUCUCUGGCAGGUGGGGGUGGACUGCUGUGUGCUUGGUCGCCCUCCAUUAGCUCUGCAAUCAGUACUGCCUUCGAUUUGUUGCUAGCGCUUUUCUCUCUAGCCUCCAGCAGCUCCUUUAGCGUCUGUCUCUUUAACGCCGUGUAAUCAGUCCCCAUUCACUGAUCGCUUUCGUCUGCUUGUUUCAUACGAAUUGCCUUUCCGUUCGGUUGUUCCUUUCAUUCGAAUGCGCUGUAUUCGGCUGUAGAGUUGGAUCCCGUCGCUUGCCACCAAUUGUAGCGGAACGCCAAUAAUAAAUCCACGAAUUCCGCUGGUCCAGAAACGAAUCCACAGUCAAGUGCUGAAAACAACAAGGCAAUAUCCCCAACCUCCCAAUAACCGGACGAGACACAGUUUUGGGAGUCAACUGACAAUCCUUUAAUCGGCACGACAAUUUAUACAAGUCCCCAUGCAAGGGGUUUCCUGAGUCCCUCCCCAGGGGUACUCCCGGAGGGGACUACAUGGGGGACUUACAGUACAACAUAUUUCUCCCAUCAGGCACUGCUGCACGAGAGGGAUCAUCCUCCCAGAAUGCACCGUUAAGGGGAUUAUCCCCUCGUGCAGCAGAACCGGCAAUUCACACAAAAAUCUAUAACUUUUAAAAUACACGGUGGAUUUGCACAAAUGGAUGUUCGGUAGAUAGCUAGGGUCUGGGCGCAUCAUUCGGGAGAUUGCCGCUCAGAUCCCAGCUAGAAUAACCGAACGCCGCACAGAAAACACAUUUCUUUCGAAACAUACGAAAAGAACCGAUUACUUUUAGUGAACACGGUUCUGAAACUCCCGAACGUCCUGGAGGCUCAGCGGUGUUCGUGCCGUCGAAUAGCUAUUGGUAAUACUAUGCGUUCGACAACACGGACCCGCUGAGGAACAAAGGAUCCAAGAUGGCCGACCGCCGCAUGGCCGGUAGUCGAACGACGGCCACCCAGGAGAGCCUCUAAUUACCGAUUGCAACAAUGUUGCAAUCGGUUAACUAGCGCCACACGCCUCUAAGUGUGUGGGCUAUGAGGGGGUAUCGCGUUCGCUUCACGAACGGCCCUCCAAAGUGCCGUUCGUGAAACGAACGGGAAUCCCCAUACAAACCGCCAUUGGCCUUCGGCUAAACAGUAAUUACAGUCUCUGCAGAAAAUACAUCAAGCACAUACAUAAGAAUAAUGCGCAUAUCUCCCCAGACCUAUAGGCAACCCUUAAAGGCACAGUCUCUAGUUAUAGUUCAAGUGGCUAGGUUUGCCACACAGAUAUCUACCCAUAAAGUUUCCACAUUUUCCUCGUCACACUCCAUAUGCCUAAGAUUUGACUUUAACUCAUGGUUGACAUACAAACAUACACCACCACCCUUCUUGUUUUUCCUAUCCUUCCUAAAUAACGUGUACCCAUUUAAGUUAACUGCCCAGUCAUGUGUCUCAUCCCACCAUGUUUCUGUUAUGCCUAAUAUAUCAUAUUGUUUAGUGUAUGCUAUUGCCUUUAGUUCCCCCAUUUUGUUAUAUAGGCUCCUUGCAUUAGUAAGCAUACAUUUGAUAUUAUCAUGAUUCAUUUGUACUUUUUGUGAAUUUUUAUCAAUAUUACAUACCUCCUCUGUUCUGAGCUUGCCCCUCCCCUCAUCUCCUCCCACCUAAUACUUAUACUAGAAUCUCAUUUCUAACCUAUCUCCAUUUUCUAGAUUGCUUUGACCCUCCCCCCCACUACUAGUUUAAAAUCUCCUCCAACCUUCUAGCCAUCUUAUUCCCCAGCACAGCAGACCCUCUUUUGUUUAGGUGCAAUCCAUCACUGCUAUACAGGUUGUACCCAAGCGCAAAAUCGGCCCAGUACUCUAAAGACCCAAAACCCUCUUUCAUGCACCAAGACUUCAGCCAUGCAUUGACCUCUCUAAUCUCGCACUGCCUUUCUGCCGUAGCACGCGACACAGGUAAUAUUUCUGAAAAUUUACCUUGGAGGUCGUUUUCUUUAGCUUACUUCCUAGUUUCCUGACCUCAUUCUUUAAGACCUUCCAUUUUCCUCUGACUUUGUCAUUGGUACCAAUAUGGACUAUGACAACUGGGUGAUCUCCAGGCCCUCCCAAUAUUCCCUCCACUCUGUCAGCAACAUGCCGGACUCAAGCACCCAGGAGAUAGCAAACUGUCCGGUUGAGACGAUCUACUCUCUUAAUAAUAGAAUUGCCUACCACCACAACCUAUCUAGCCUUCCUUACACUUUCAACCCGACCCAUACUAGAGGGGCUGUUCCCACGGCUGUUAGAAUGAACAGCUUCCUGCAGUACAGCUACUCCUGAGCUGAUGCUCCCAAUUUAUGCUCGCAACUCAAACGGGCAAAUCUUUUGGGCUGCACAAGAUCAGGACUAGCUAAACCUUUCCUCUUCCCUCCACCCCUGCUUCCUCACCCCACAGCUAUGUGCUUGUUCACCAAUUGUGCAAGAUAAUGCAUCUUGGGCGUAAAAACCCAAGGGCAGAGUACAGAAUAUUUGAUAGAGUUCUAACCUCAACAUAUGAGGAAAGGGAUUUAGGGGUGAUUAUUUCUGAUGACUUAAAGGUAGGCAGACAAUGUAAUAGAGCAGCAGGAAAUGCUAGCAGAAUGCUUGGUUGUAUAGGGAGAGGUAUUAGCAGUAGAAAGAGGGAAGUGCUCAUGCCAUUGUACAGAACACUGGUGAGACCUCACUUGGAGUAUUGUACACAGUACUGGAGACCGUAUCUUCAGAAGGAUAUUGAUACCUUAGAGAGGGUUCAGAGAAGGGCUACUAAACUGGUUCAUGGAUUGCGGGAUAAAACUUACCAGGAAAGGUUAAAGGAUCUUAACAUGUAUAGCUUGGAGGAAAGACGAGACAGGGGGGAUAUGAUAGAAACAUUUAAAUAUAUAAAGGGAAUCAACACAGUAAAGGAGGAGACUAUAUUUAAAAGAAGAAAAACUACCACAACAAGAGGACAUAGUCUUAAAUUAGAGGGACAAAGGUUUAAAAAUAAUAUCAGGAAGUAUUACUUUACUGAGAGGGUAGUGGAUGCAUGGAAUAGCCUUCCAGCUGAAGUGGUAGAGGUUAACACAGUAAAGGAGUUUAAGCAUGCGUGGGAUAGGCAUAAGGCUAUCCUAACUAUAAGAUAAGACUAGGGACUAAUGAAAGUAUUUAGAAAAUUGGGCAGACUAGAUGGGCCGAAUGGUUCUUAUCUGCCGUCACAUUCUAUGUUUCUAUGUUUCUAUGUUGUCUCAUCUCCUCCCACUCCACUACCUGCCCCCACUAAACUCUGCUCAGUGAGCAGCAGAAUCCUCCCAAGAUUGUCAAUCUCCCUCGGUGUUGCAAUUUGCCUCUCCAGAUCUCCAAUCUGAGCUUCCAGAAAAAAAAGGUUUAAGUUUAUAGUGUUAUAUAUUUAAUUUAAUAUUGUCCCAUGGCAAAAGAAAACCAGUAAUGAGGGUUAUUCACCUAAGUGUUAUCCUUUAAGUUAAUCAAUGUGAAUUCGAAGUGAUUUUAAAGUGAUCUGCAAAUUUUGGGUCACAAAUAGAAUAAUGUUCUAUAUUCCCAGUUUGGGUAGCUUGGCAUAAAUUACUUUCAAUUCCCUUUGUCUUACCGACGAUUAACACUUGAUUAAUAAUCCUGAAUGUGUCUGUAUGUUGUUGGUAGUGAUAAGAUGAACAGAAUAGGCAAGUUCACAGACAAAAAAAUAAAUGAGUGCAUAGCCAUAGAAAACACUCAGAAUUGUGUACAUUGUGCAGACUUUUUGUACAAUGUUUGUGGUUCAUACACUGUUUUUAUAUGCUUUUACAUUUUAAAUAAAUGCUAUGUUUUAUACUUGUUUGUGUUCGUGUUUCUUGUCUGUUAAUGGACAAGCAAAACUAUAAAACUAUAUGAAUGUAAUCUCUCUUUUCUUAUUCCACAGAGAAUAUCAGGACCCUUCACAUAAGGCAUUUUAAGGAACAAAUGAAACAAAAUGAAAAAUGAUUCAAAUUGUACCAAUGAUACGGGCUUCCAGUACACCCUGUACUCCACCACUUACAUUCUGGUUUUCAUUCCUGGACUCCUAGCCAACAGUGUGGCCCUUUGGGUUCUCUGCGGUUAUACUAAUAAGAAGAACAAAGCCAUUAUUUUUAUGAUAAAUCUGGCAGUGGCAGAUCUAGCUCAUGUUUUGUCAUUGCCACUGAGGAUUUACUACUAUUUAAUUAAUGUCUGGCCAUUUACAAACUUCCUAUGCUUGUUUUGUUUCUAUCUUAAGUAUCUCAAUAUGUACGCCAGUAUCAUGUUUUUAAUGCUCAUUAGCAUCCAACGCUGCAUGUUCACCAUUAACCCUUUCAAAGCAAAGGACUGGAAGCGUAGAUAUGACGUUGCCAUAAGUUGUCUUGUAUGGGUGGUCAUUGGGGCUUCUUGUUUACCCUUUCCAAUCAUUAGAAGUUACGGGCUAAGUAACACAAGCGUGGCCUGUUUUGCUGACCUGGGAAUGAAUAACAAAAUGGCACAUGGUCCAGCACUGACUAUGAUCACAGCAGCAGAGUUAGGCGGAUUUGUUAUACCUGUGAUAAUAAUUACAUACUGUACUCUUAAAACCAGAUCUCAGCUUAAAAAUGACUCUCUGCAACGCCAAAAUGUUAGUGAAAAACGGAAAGCUCUGAGGAUGGUUUUAACAUGUGCUGCUGUAUUUUUCAUCUGUUUUGCCCCAUACCACAUCAAUUUCUUUUUUUAUAUGCUGGUGAAUUGGAGUAUCAUCAAAAACUGCUCUGUGCAAAAGGUCAUUCUGACAUUCCAUCCUUUCUCGUUGUGUCUUGCAAGCAUUAACUGUUGUUUAGAUCCAAUACUUUACUACUUCAGUGCUUCAGAGUUCAAAAAUGAAGUUGUCCGACACGGGUCCACGAUGAUACGUGUACGUCUAAUGAGUAGAGAGAGUGCCUCAUCUAUUAGGUCAUAGCAAAAAGCCAAAAAGUCAUUGGUUCUUAGAUGUUUUGGUUUGACUUUUUGACUUUAUGUUUUACAUUGUCAGUUAGGCCAAAAUAGAAAGAGUGUGUGUAGGUACCAUAAAAAUAAAAAUGUACAUCUACAGACUUUUCAUUUUACAUUUGUUUCAUGCAUCAUUUGAGAAAUAUCGGGCAUUCUAAAGCAUCAGAAUUUAUGUAGUAUACCUCUUCUUGAAAUAUUUCCUAUCAGCCAUAAAAGUUCUAUAAUUAGGUCAUGAAAACAGGCAAAUAAGUACCAACAUAAUAUUAUAUCAUGCAGAAGGUAAAAAAUUAAAAAAUAAAGACGCAUGCACCAUGUUAGUAAAGAAUCUGCACAUUUUUGGGAAAUUCAGAAUCCCAGAUUGCUACCAGAAUGUAAACAUUAAUAAUGUAUAUGGGGAUAAUACUCAAAUAUAGUAAAUACAGCUGCCUUACUUAAACCAAGCAGCGGUAUUACAAAGUACAUUGCUGACUGUUAUUUACAUGAUUGCAUUGUAGUUACAGGCACUACUUUAAAUUUGGCAGAUUUACAUGAACGGUAGGUUAUGAGUAAAAAGCAAAACAAAGUCAGUGUUGAUAAACCUGGAACUGGUAGCGAGCAUGGAAGGUUGGGCAGUUUAUUAUAAUUAUUCUACUUUUAUUAACACCAGCCUAAGUCAGCCUCCUGAGGGACACCUCUGCCUGAAACAUAUGAUUUUGGAUUAUUAUUGGACAAGGACAGGUAGAAAUGUAACAGAUUUCAAAUUGGGGUCAUUUGACUACAUAAACUAAAAAUAGUCAGUUAACCCCUUAAGGACG